AUGGCUUCAUCAUAUUUUUCACCAGCUUCACCACCUGUCUUCAAUGGAGAGGGCUUCAACAUUUGGGCAGUUAAGAUGAGGACUUACUUGCAGGCAUUCAACCUAUGGGAAGUUGUUAACUCAGAUGCUGAGCCAGCACCUCUUCGAGCUAAUCCAACAGUUUCACAUAUAAGGCAACACACUGAUGAAAGAACAAAAAGGCACAAGGCCAUGUCAUGCAUACAAAACUGUGUGACAGAUGUGAUCUUCAUGAGGAUCAUGGCCUGUGAAACACCAAAGGAGGCUUGGGACAAGCUAAAAGAAGAGUUUCAGGGGACUGGGAGAACAAGGCAACAACAGCUGCUCAACUUGAGAAGAGAUUUUGAAAAUCUCAAAAUGAAAGAUGAAGAAACAGUCAAGCAGUAUUCAGAUCGAAUUAUGGCUGUUGUAAACAGCAUAAGGCUCCUUGGAGAGAAAUUCAGUGAAGCUAGAAUAGUUGAGAAAGUCAUGUCCACUCUACCAGAGAGGCGUAAGCCCGAUGCUGCUAGGAGCAGUGACCAACUCUGCAGACACUGUAAAAGAGCUGGUCAUCCAGAAGAUAGAUGCUGGUUUAGACCAGAUGCAGUAUGCCAACACUGCAAGAAAAAGGGCCAUGUUGAAAAGGUUUGCAAGAACAGAAGCAAACCAAGACAGAAUCAGUUUCAUCAACAAAAAGCAGAAGCUCGAGUGCCUGAAGAGAGUAGUGAUCAAGAAGAACAAGUUUUUGCUGCGUCAUGUGCAGCAAAUCAGAAGAAGGGUUCAAAGGGCUGGCUUUUAGACAGUGGUUGUACAAACCACAUGUCACCAGAUGAAACUAUCUUCAAAACCUUGGACAGAACCUGCAAAACCAAGGUGAAAAUUGGAAAUGGUCAGUUCAUAAAUGCUGAAGGAAGAGGAGAUGUACUGAUCUAUACUCUAACAGGUGGCAAAAUCAUAUCAAAUGUACUUUUGGUACCUAAAAUCAAUAGGAACCUUCUCAGUAUAACUCAACUACUUAAGAAAGGUUACUCAGUUGUGUUCAAGGAGAAAGAAUGUUAA